AACAUCCCGAGCUGAAAUCCGCUACACGGACACACUUCUCCCGACACCACCGCGGUCUGGUUGUUAUUUUACGGGGUUUGUAGCCUCUCCGGACACACAGAGAGAACAUGCCCGCACUGAGGUAACCGUCCCCGGGCUGCUGCUGCCUCCUCAGCCGGCUGAAGGACAGGAGCAGGACGGACAGACCCAGAUGGAGAGGCCGGGCAGGCUGCUGCUGCUGUCCGAGCUCCGCGUCAGAAACGCGGCGUACGAUGUGAGCCUGAGCCGGUCCCUGCUCACCUGGAAGAGACGGAUCUCCAGCCCGGUGUACCACCCGUUCAGACCCAGUGUGUGUCACAGUGUGUCAGUGUCAGAGAUCAUCUCUGUCAGAGAGGAAGAGGAGGAAAACAGCAGCAGAGGAAGAGACGAUGGCAGCUGGAAAAAGAUCAAGGAGAGAGAAGGAAAGGACUGCAGGCAGGCCUUCACAGUGUUGUAUGUGGAGAGGUGUCAGCAGCACCGCUGGCGGUGUGCUGAGGUCACCUUCACGUGUCCAGAGGGGGCGCUGUGUCAACGCUGGGUCAACAGCAUCAGAGAGCAGCUCGCAGCUAUCACCAGCAGACCAAAACACCUGCUGGUCUACAUCAACCCAUUUGGCGGGAAGAAACAGGGAAAACGCAUCUAAGAGCAGAAGGUCGCCCCGCUGUUCGCCCAGGCAGGCAUCUCCACGCAAGUCAUCGUGACGGAGUACGCCAAUUAUGCAAGGGAUCACCUGAGGACGGAGGCGGAGCUGAAGAAGUUUGACGGGGUGGUGUGUGUCGGAGGGGACGGCAUGUUCAGUGAGAUCAUUCAUGGGCUGAUCUGGAGGACGCAGAUCGACGGUGGCGUAGAUCCAAACUGUCCAGAGGAAACGCUGUUUCCCUGCUCGCUUCGUAUUGGAAUCAUUCCUGCAGGCUCAACAGACUGUAUCUGCUUCGCCACUGUGGGCACCAACGACCCCGUGACCUCUGCACUGCACAUCAUAGUGGGAGACUCUCAGCCGAUGGACGUGUGCUCAGUUCACCACAACAACACCUUUCUGCGAUACUCCGUCUCCCUCCUGGGAUACGGUUUCUAUGGCGAUGUGCUAACUGACAGCGAGAGGAAGAGAUGGAUGGGACCGGCCAGAUACGACCUCUCAGGUGUGAAGAUGUUUCUGACUCAUCAUUACUAUGAAGGAACAGUGUCCUACCUCCCAGCCAGAGGCAUCAUGGGAACUCCGCGGGACACCGCCAGGUGUCGAUCUGGCUGUGUGGUUUGUCAGCACAACGGGCAGCUACUUUCAGAGAAGGCUGAGAAGUAUGAGAUGGAUGAAGCAUCAGACAGCGAAAACGACAGCGAGUGGAGGACAAUCCGAGGGAAGUUCCUGGCAAUAAAUGCUGCCAGUAUGAGCUGUGCUUGUCCUCGCAGCCCCAAAGGCCUCUCACCUGCAGCUCACCUGGCCGAUGGCACCACCGACCUCAUCCUUGUCCGAAAAUGUUCCCGCUUCAACUUCCUCAGACACCUUCUACGUCACACCAGCAAAGACGACCAGUUUGACCUGACCUUUGUUGAGGUCCACCGGGUUCGGCGUUUCCGCUUCACACCGCGUCACUGCCAGAGCGACUCAGACCUGGACCUGCAGGAGAACGGCAAACACCAGCUCUUCAGCCAGAUCUGCCGAGACCACCCGGCUUGCGGCUGCGCCCCCGCCUACAGCAGCUGGAACUGCGACGGCGAGAUUCUGACCCACACGGCCAUCGACGUCAGAGCGCACUGUCAGUUGAUCAAGCUGUUUGCACGAGGCAUCGAAGAACCCACAGUGUUUGAGGAGCUCAACAACCCCUGUGCAAUAUAGGUCCACACCCCCAUUAUUCCCCGUCAGACACUGGAGUCAUCUUUCUGUUUCCAGCCAUGGCCUACGUCACUGUUGUAGUCAUGUGACACUCAGCACAUCCUUCACCAGGAGACUUCACAGAUUUACAGAGUUGUGCUGUUACUGUUACAAAGAUAAGCAGUAGGGAAGGAGACAAAGCUUUACUUUCUUGGUCUGACAGUCCGAAAUGAUUUCCUCACAGACAGGACGUGAGGUGUAGUCUUCUUAAAAUGUCCUGAACAGCUUUAAAUAUAUUCCUUGGAAACUAGCACCUGUUUUAAAGAAAUAAUCAGGAAAUGAUUGACCUGGAGAGUAAAGCUUCACCCUCACAUUUUGUUCUGGGUGACACUGUUGGUGUUGAAUGAUUGAUGGGUGUCUGGCACCUGGUUUGUUUUUAAUAUUGAACUCCAGUCCCGCCCUCUUUGAUAAUAUUUUUUCCCAACAAUCCUCAGAUCGUGACUGGAUGAUCUCGUUACCGUUGAGGUUACAAAUGCUGCCUGUAACAGUUACAUAACGUGUAGACGAACAACACAGACUUGUUUCUGUGUUGCCCAAAGUGUCGCCCUGCGUGUCACUGCCUAUAGAGUCAGCUGAAGUCUUUUUCUGUUAUCUCAGACUUGUUUUGGGCCACAGAUGUUUUGACUUGGACUCAUCUCUCUCUCAUUUUGACUCGAGCUUGUUAUAGAUGUUUUGACUUGGAGUUGCCGUCAUGUCAGCCACCUUACGUGUUACAGACUUUUGUCUCGACCAAGUCCAGGGGUCUCGUUUAUAACCGUUGCAAACAUGCAAGACGUGGCCUGAAGAGGCUGCACCACUUUGAAAAGUUGUGAUUAAACUCGAUAGAAAAGUGAUCCAUAACUUUUUUAUAAGCACCUUUCAGUUGUAAGAAAAUAGCCGAACCAAAUCUCAAAUAAAAUUUCACUCAAUGUUUUAUCAGCACUGUCUCACCAUCACAUUUGCCCAGAAUGCAGAGGAGAGGGCCGACUGUAUGACGCUGACACUCCAGGCACCUCAUGUACAUAUUUACCACCUGAACAUAUGGAUUGUGUAAAUUAGCAAAGUCUGGAAAUAAUGACAGAGACAACUCUCGCACAAUCAUUACACUCCAUAUCCUUAUUUUAGAUCCUAAGGCAAAGUUUACCAUGACAGGUCAGAGGUCCAAAACAUCAGUCGGAGACCCCUUCGUCGGCUGAGAUUCUUUCACGUUGAGCAGUUGUUUUUUUUUAUCUUCGGGAAGUUUUGAUCCCCAGAAUCAGCUGCAGAGUGAGCGCUCCCCAUUUUCACACCGCUUUUUGGUACGGGCAGCUGCAGACACAGAGGCAGCUGCCUGGAGGAAGAGAGGCUUUGCCCGCUCAGGCUCCAAGGUAACGUUAUCUUCAGCCUUCUGCUAGAAAUGGUGAAUUUACAGCUCACAGCAGUGUAAUGUGAUGUAGUCUCCAGUUUUCUUUGAUAUCAAGUGCCAGCAAAAACUGUUGUUGCACGUUAGCACAGCUCUCACCUUGAACGUUCUGCUGAACCCCAUUCAAACCGUCAAACUCUAUGUGGGAAAAAAAGAAACAAAUAGUCAAAUAUUUGUAUUGAACAGCCAGAUCCAGUACGACUGACAUAAUCCUGAGUCCGGUACAACCCUAGUAAGCUUCCAUCUUUAAAUGAUAUCCCAGGGUAAGGGAUACCACUGACUGUCGCGAUCAUUUUGGCAAGGUUUGAAACAAUCAGUCUGAUUGCUGUAAUCGCAGAAAUACUGCCGUAACACCGUUUUAGCUGUGACUCACCAUAGGUAACUUCUGAUUGGCACACUCAUUUCUAUGCAACAGCAUUCAUGAGGUGCUUUGCAUUGAUUGUUUAAGGUUGAAUGUGGGCGUGUAGAGGGCGGGAUAUGAAGCUGAACCACGUGCGGACGAUUCCACGGUGAUUUGGGAUUUACAUUGCACACUGUCGGACUCACCCACGCACUUGAACAAUUUCAAUCUGAAUUCUACGUACUGUUUUAUAAAUGAGACCCCAGAUGUUUUCUCAGUGUAGGCGAGACUGCCGUCAGUCAGCUGUCGGGGGUUUUGACACGGACUCGACCCCGUUUGGACUCGGCUUUGACUUGAUCACAAAACCGCUCUAGAUUAGAUUUAAAUGUCUAUAUUUCCUUCUGUAUUUGUGAUUUUAUUUUCAAACAUCUCGUCUCAGUCGAGAUGAGUUUUUCCUUUAUCUCGGACUCAUCAUGGUCUUGGUGAUUGUUUCAUUUCGCUGUUUUCUCAGUAGUCUGUGUUUUGACUCUGACUUGUCUCAUUCUGGCCACCAGUUAUUCUCAUCUGUUAUUGCGAUCUUGACGUGAGCCCGACCCCUAUUUGGACUUGACUCUGACUGGAUUGAUUUUUAUUUGUUUUGUUUGUUGUAUUUCUCCAUAUUAUUUGGUAGUGUUGUAGUACUCAAAUCUGGUCUUGAGUCCGAACUCAAGACUUUGUUACUAUUAUCUCAGACUUGUCUGUCUUGUGAAUGUUUUGACUCAGUGCUGCCCUGCAGGCUGAUUUUAUUUAUUUAGCAUGUAAGUAGAUUCUAUGUUGUUACAGAAAUGUUAGCUUCUUUGCACUUUUUGAAUAGUUUUGAUUAUUUUAAAAACUUAUUUUGAAUUUGGAAUUAUCUGUUGCAUGUUUUAAAGAUGCCAGACACCUGCCAGUCAUUCCAAGGGUCAUUGUGUUCAUUAGGGGUCAGAGGUUGAUUCUCAUUCAUGAGAAGUAGAAAGUAAAUCCCCUUCACAUGGUCAGUACUUGUGAGGAAAAAUAAGGCUGACUGGAGAUGUAGUUUCCAUGGUUGAACUUUCCUCUCAGUCAUCAUUUGUCAAGAGUUCAUUUACUUUCUGCUUCUCAAACAGCUCCAUUAGAUUUGUCUCUGAAUCUUCAUGUUUCCAUCGUUUCUCAGGAAAACCUGAGCUCGAUCGUAACUGAAACUAUAUUUUUACACGUUUUAAUUCCCAGCAAUCUAGAAAGAAAUAAACUAUGAAAAAUCUCAAAUUUUAGUUUUAGUUGAGAUGAUUUUGUGUCAGUCAAGCUGGUCGUGCUGAAGAGCACACGCGUGAAUGUUUUUAAUCUUCCAUUUCUGCUCGAUAUGCAAAUGAACUGAGCAAACAGAACUCAAAGUAAAUCAUCUGAAAAAGUACAGCUUUAACACCAAUGUUUCACUGAAACUGUGCAGAUGUUCUCACUUCAGAAUGAGCUAAAGUCGUAGCUGUAACUUCAGUUUACUCACAGUGUGACGUGGUGUUCUGAAAUUGUCUGUCAGGUUUAUUGUGUUUUGUAAAACUUCAAGUUAAUCAUCUGAACCUUCCACAAAUCAAACAAGAUUCACACACAGCAAAAUAUCAAAAUACCAUGGAGCAUACUGUAUCUUGAAGCUAAACAUUUGUGUGUUGGCAUUGUCAUUGUUGGCACUAAGCUCAGAGCUCCACUGUUGUCCCUUUUCCGCCAAAUCAGCUCUGGUUGUUGAACCUGUUCCGUUAAAUAUUCUUGGAACCUUGGUGCUAUCUAGCAAAACAAUCCACUUUUCACAGGAUUUGAGUGUAACUAUUGAAAUCAAGGAUGGGUUAUCACUGAAGGGCACUGCACAUUGGAGGUAAACAGCAGUGGUGUACCAGAGGUACUUAAGGUUGCGCCUAUAGUAAAGCUGAAAACACACUUGAUGCGUGUCAUGUGACGCACAAACUGGACACGUCGCUCCGCAGCUCAUCAACAGACGACCAUGAAAACUUAUUACUACGUUUACUGAAAGAUCUGUACUUCCUUCACCUAUGCACUGGCUUAAAAUCAUGUUUGGACAGAACCUAAUUAAACUUCAUUUCUCACCUGAAGACUCAAUCUUCAGAGCUAUGACUCGCCAGUAUCUUUUUGGCCAUUGUCUUUGACGGUAAAAACCCCAACGCAAAAAUUUCUCAGAGCAUCUCGCUAAAGUGCAUUCAGCAAAAUAACUUACAGUAGCAAGAUGGCAUUGAUUACCUGCGAGCUUCCACAGAAGUAGUCACGGUUUGCUCUUUAGGUCAAGGAAAACCUGCUUUUUCUUUUUUUCUUUUUUUUUUUUUUAGAUCCAGCUUGGAAACAACUUUUCAGGUUCCACACCAAAUUAUUUUUGGUCAAAAUGAUCCAAAUGGUUCAAAAUUAGGUGCGACUGUCGCAACGGAACCUGUUUGAUGUUGGUGGAAAAGGGUUAUGUUUAUAAGUACGGGCUCACAGACUGUAUAUUGUUGGAUAUGUCUGAGAAAUUAUAGUAAAAUCUAAAUCUGAUCUUAACAUUUCGCAACCAAUUGACAUAUGCAACCUGUGACAAGAGGUUGUAAAAAGACAUAGCCUUGUUUUAGGGAGUCUGAAGCCAAAAAUGUUGGAUUCGCUGCAACAAAAGGUUUGGACUUAUGGCCACAUAGUUUUUAAAUUUUACCCACAAAACUACAAAUAUUGUCUUUUGAAUCCAAAAAGCUAAACUGAUUGUGUAUAAAUGAAUACACCUCACAUUUCACACAAAAUCCAAUUAGGAAUUUAUAUUGUGUUAGUGGAAGGUUGAUAUUAUUGAUUUGAAGUUUUGUCCAUUGUUGUUUUGUUGAAGGAAGCUGCACUGUAAAGUCCAGUGUUGAUAUUCAACCAUUUCUGGAUCUUUGUAGGUUUUGAAUUUUAAGCAUUCACAGCUCUAAGCAUGUCGUAGCCUCUGAUGUUAGCCGUACCUGUAGCCACUGCUCACUGUGUCCACAGGAUCAGUUUUUACAAUCCACAUGUAGCAACAUCAUCUGUAAUUUCAUUUUUCCAUAUUCUUCCCUUCUGUUACUUACAGUAAAUAGCAAUGCACGAUUAAUAUCGAUACGUAAUCAGUGUGGGCUUUAAAAUGAGAAUUGGCCAACGUACUUUUUUUGUUUUGCACAAUGAAUGGAUAUUACAUACUGUGAAAAGUAUUGUAUUUCAUGUCUCCAUCUGCUGGUGUGCUGUCAUGAUAGAAGAAAAUUAGUUGGGGGGAAAAAUGGAUCAGUUAUCGGCCAAAUAAGUUGUUAUGUAUUGGCGUAACGCAUAUCGGCAAAAAAUCCAAUAUCGUGCAUCCCUAAUAAAUAAGGAGCAUGUUCUCCAUUUAGCCUCAGAAUGGUGAUGUCAGUUUGGUCCACAGAUACUUUCAGAUCAUAAAAUGUCCUGAUCUCAUUCCUUCUUUCAAGAGGAUGAACCCUUUUCAAACCCGUUCAUCUAGUUCCAACGUCAGGACAAAUUAGACGUUUUUAGUUCCACUAGAAGCUCUAAAUCAUCAGCGUGUUAUUUGCUUUUAGGAAACACAAAUUUAAUAGAUUUGAAAUAAUGUGAUUAUUUUCCAAAACAGCGACAGAGCUCCAUAUAAGUAGAAAUCAUUUUAACUUUGACCCAGAGAUGAACCGGGCAUGAAGUCGAGUAUCAACACUGGACUGUCAGACUUUAGAUGUUUGUUUGUUUGUUUGCGUAUUGUUUGUUGACAAACAAUUCUGUUUCCCCUCUGCUGACGUCGAGCUGGACUCAAACUGAUGGAGGAGGGAACCAGUAGCAGCUCACGGUGCUCCAAGACGCCAACCAGUCAGCUUUCUUUUGAUUCUAAUCUGACCAAAUACCAGCUGGGGUUUGAUGAUGUAGCUGUCUGUCUGUCUCCGACAGUUGUAGCUUAACUUAGAGGUCUUCACCGGUCCAAAGUCUUGGAUCCAAUCAGAAGUACCAGCACACAGACUGGAUCCAAAAGGGACAGUCAGAACUGGUCUUAUGUGAAUUGGAGUUAGACCUGAAUGUGGUGGACCCGACCUGACCUGAGAGAGAACACCAACACUAGCUGCUUCAUGCAUCACUAAUAUACACUAUAACAGCACUACAACACCUUUAGAGACCUGGUUAGACUGACUGUAGGCGUUUUUGGACCAAACAGCUCUGAGGACUCCCUGAGAGGAACUGCCCUCUGGGGAGCUUCCGUGAGAACUACAUUCCUUGGAGGGCUUUUUUAGAUUUGCAUUCACACCGCCAAAAGGAACCCCUAAUUUAUGUAUACAGGCCGGCGGUUGGUAUAGCAACUUACACUUUGAUGAUAAAGUCUCAUCGUAUGUCACCCGUUGCAUCUGUGCUCAGUAAAGCCUGGACUUCACCGUCGGCCCUUUUGUCCUCAUUUUAUUCCACCACAGCCGGAGGCAUUAAGAUUUCAGGUUGUUCAUCCGUCCCAUUCCCGUGAGUCACAAGGAUGCCUUGAGGGAAUUUCUUCAAAUUGGGCAGAAACAUCCACUUGGACUUAAGAUUGAACUGACUAGAUUUUGGUUCUCAUAGGUCACUGUGACCUUGUAUCCGUCUAAUUCUCGUGAACACAAGCGAUAACUAAUGAACAUCUUGAGAGAACUGGCACAAACGUCCACUUGGACUCAACGAUGAACUGAUUAGAAUUUGAUGGUUGAAGGUCAAAGGUCAUGGUCACUGUGACCUUGCAUCCGUCUUAUUCCUUUGAUUGCACUAUUUCAAUUAGGCCUUGAGGGAGUUUCCUCAAAUUUGGCACAAUGUCCACUUGGACUCAAGAACUGUCUGAUUUGAAUUCGGUGGUCGAAGGUCACUGUGACCUUAAAAAACAUGUUUUUGGCCAUGACAAAUUUCACACAAAUGUCUAACAAAUGACAAGGCGAUAUCAACUUCACAGACGUAAAUUGUAAGUGCAACUUGUCUGUUUCGCUGAGGCAUUCAAUCGUGAGGCAGUAAUUCAAGUUUUUGUUGCAAGCUUUUGUUUUGUGACUUUAUAUGACAAACCGGUCUUUAAAAAAUGGCGGACGGAAUGCUGCAUUGGCUCAUGUUCAGCGAAUCAGUGUAGACCUCUGGCUCAAUCACCUUUUAACUUUCGUGGCUCAAGGUUCCUCUUGUGUCUGGAGGAAAUAAGUCCCUCAAAACCACGUUCUAAGAACCACAGUUGCUCUUAGUUCUUGCAGUGCAGACACAAUAAAAAGCGGCAUUCUUAAAACUAUGACAAAGUUCCUUUGGUCCAAAAACUCCUUAUGUUUGUAGGGACCAAGUGGGCCUGUGAAGACCUUUUAGCUCAGUCGUCUGUCUCAUGUUGAUUUGUCUCAAAUUGUUGAUGAACAAUCAGAGUCUGAAUGUUUGCUGUAAAACCUCGAAACAACAAACCAAAUGUGUAAAUCAUGUGCACUCAGAGGUCGACUGAUGACUGAAGUGGACUUUGAAUCAGGAGACAAUGGAAAUAUUUAUUUACAUUAAGCCAGCGGUAAUUGUGAAUUAAAUGUGUUUGUGCUUUAGUACUAUAGAUUUAGUGCCCAUCAAACCAGAAACUGACCAAUUCAUUUGCAUGUUUUUAAAAUAGUCCGUGCGAGGUUUGAUGGUAAAUACACCGCAAGUGACUGUAGCUGAUUAGCUAACCGCUAACAUGCUGUCUAGCAUGGCUUGCUACAAGCUAAUGAUGCGCUCCCAACUGAGAAGGCCCGGUCACACCAGGAAGUGGCAAAGCGUAAUUACGAAAAAGGUUCCACUGGAAUUAACUGAUUUGAGUGCAUUUAAAUGUUGUGACCUUUAGUUACAAGCACCUAACUGAAAAAUAACAUUCAUGUCAGCCAAGUUUAGUUAUUUCUGAGUCAGAGAUUUCAGGAUUUCUAUCUCCCACUCAGUGAAAAGAACUUAACACAUAAAAACUGAUGGUCAAAACAUGAGGUUGUCUUGUUCAUGUUCUGCCAACAUGCUUUCUACCAGUUAGCAGCUAGCAACCUCAGCAAGUUCUCCAGCGCCAACGACCACAUAAGUUGUCUGUUGUCUGCGGUCGUAUUUUGGAGGAAGGUUUUGUAAGCUAGCUAUGCUAAAGGGACAAUACGCACAGUCUAGUGAAGGGAACAGAAGACAAAGCUAGAUCUCUUUGUGAGACGCAGGCUAAUAUAACACGGAGUGCUGACACAGAAAACAACCCCAAUUUUCCAGCUUUCUGUUCCCUCAGAGUUCGACACUGUUGAGACGGUUUGAAUGUGUGAUGCAAGUUUGCAUUUUAAAGUUUAGAGAAUCCACUGAUUGUGGCAAAAACAUUGAAAUUUGUCAUUACAUUUUUGCUGAUAUGCGAAAGCAGCGCCAAGUAAAAUAAUAAAUCCUAGAUUUUAACUGAACAUGUAGAAUUAAAUCAUGAGAACAUCUCUAGUGUUGUGUCCGGUAUUUUGCAAACAGCACGUAGAGCAGGUAGAACGCAGCAUUAGUCUAUUUAGUGUCGAUUAAUAUUAACUGUCUAGUUGUCUCUAACAUGUCAAACUUAAAUGUCCACCUUUAGUUUUCAGAGUCCAAACUGAUUCUUCAGACUCUUUCACCCUCUCCCACUAACAGGGAAUAUUUUUAUUUUCAACACUGUAGUUAAAUCUGAAGACUGAACACUAGACGAUGUAGUGAAUCAGUCGACCUCUUGCUGUAAUCUGAGCUGUAACUGAUCUUUACCUUCUGCUGUAGCUGUUUCACUAUCAGGAAAUAAAAACAUAUUCAACUCUUCA